GUCACAGAUGCCCGCCGCGCACUGAUGGUCCCUCCGCCGCCAUCGGAGAUAGGCAGCGCCGCGAGCGCUGCGGCGCCCGAGCCGAGCGCCUUCGCGAGCUUCGGCUGGUGGCUCGCGCCGCGGGCGCUGGGCUCCCUGGGCCUGCUCGUCGCGCUGCUGGCUUGGCGCGCCGAGACGGGCCGCGGGAGCCUGAUGCGCCUCGGCCUGGUCGCCGCGCUGAUCGUGGUGGCUGCCAUCUGGGUCGGCAUCCAGACGGUACGAGGCUGGUGGCGCGCCGCCACGGGGCAGCAGGCCGAGGUGGAGGCCCUUCGCGCCCAGCUGGCGAGCCUGACGCUGGACGCAG